ACCCAUUCCAAGACACGCUCGCCGGUCUCCCCUCCCCUGUUUUGCAAAAUAUUAGAUAACGCGUUUUCUUACUUUCUCCCUGGUCUUGCCUGUUUCCUCGCUUAAAUACACAAACAAAUCCUAACACACCCAUUUCGCGUCAAAUUAAAGAUCAAAAUCUUAAAAAAAAAUCACCGUUUGAAGAGGAGAAAACGAGAUUAGGGAUUGCAAAUGAGUGAUCACGUGGUGUUGGAUGUUGACCGACUCAUAAAGCCGCCGGUGACUGAGGAGUCUGUUCAGGCGAUCGUUAAGGAAGCCGACGCCGGGCCCUCGUGCUCGAGGGCAAGUGAAGGAACCGAUGGUCGUGUUUCAGGGGAGGAAGGGGAGGAGGAGCCGUUGAUUCAGGGGGGCGAGUGUCGCAUUUGCCAGGAGGAGGAUUCCAUCAGCAAUUUGGAGACUCCUUGUGCUUGCAGCGGCAGCCUCAAGUAUGCCCAUAGGAAGUGCGUCCAGCACUGGUGCAAUGAGAAGGGUGAUAUCACUUGUGAGAUAUGCCAUCAGCCUUACCAACCUGAUUACACCGCUCCACCUCAUCCACCACACUCUGAAGAUACUGCUAUUGAUAUUGGUGGAGGCUGGACAAUCUCUGGCACUCAACUAGAUUUGCGUGAUCCUCGCUUAUUGGCAAUCGCAGAGGCUGAGCGCCAUUUUCUAGAAGCAGAGUAUGAUGACUAUGCUACUUCAAAUGCUAGUGGAGCUGCAUUUUGCCGUUCAGUUGCUCUUAUCUUGAUGGCCCUCCUGCUCUUGCGGCAUGCAUUGACUCUCACAGAUUCUGAUGCAGACGAUGACGUAUCUACAUUUUUUUCUCUUUUCCUGCUUCGGGCAGCUGGUUUUCUUCUGCCCUGUUACAUCAUGGCCUGGGCCAUCAGCAUCUUGCAGCGUCGGAGGCAAAGACAGGAGGCAGCAGCAUUGGCAGCGACACAGGUUGCUUUUGUGCUCCAAUCAGGGCAACAGAGGGGUCUGCAGUUUACCAUUGCACCAGGACCUACUGUAACUCCUCACCAGGAACCUGUUUAAUAUUGCAAAAAAAAGUGGUUGUGCGAAAGUAAUGGAAGGAUGAAAGAGAGUGCCAUUGAAUAAUAUCAUCCAGAAAAAUGUUUAAUGGCCUGUUUACAAGGCCAAAAUGCUAUCAAUCAGUAUCUGUCCUGUUUAAAAACGUGUAUAUGCAUUAUAUUGUGACCAGUUCAAAGAAAGUAGCUGGAUAAUUAAAUCUGCUGGCAAAACAUGAGCGCGGAUGCCCUCGCCCCCUCUCUGUAUUUUGUACUUUGUUUAAAUUUAAACACAUUUUAAUUUUAAA